AUGCUUGAUUCUCUUUAUGGCGAUCUGCCUCCCCCCACAAAAGGGGAUGGCGCAGAGAAAGGCGUACCUACUCCGGCCCCUAGUGGGUCGUUGUUGGGGUCUCUGUACGAUGACCCUGAUGAACCAGCUGAAGCUUCCACAACCACAGGCGCGUCAUCUUCCAGUUCCGGUGGUUCUGUUGCAGUCACAGCCGCAGCAGCGGCUGCCGCUACUGCGGCUACCACAGAUACCACCAGCUCCAGCAGCGCCAUGUGGGCCAGCCAGAGGCUGAAGCUCUUAACUCCGGCCGUCGUACGGCGACAGACGUUGGCAAAGGCUGCACCUAAAGCGUCUCCGUCUUUAAACGUCCAAGCUGCUGCAGCGGACGCUGCUCUCGUUUUAGAACGACUCAAGAAGCUGCAUGCUGGUGUUUUAGCAGAGGAACAGAAACCGGAUGCGGCUGCUGCGGCACGCGCAUCAGGGGCAGGUGCGGGUGGGGGGGACGCUGCAGCAGGAACAGCAGAAUCCGCCAAAAGCCAGGCAGACCCUGUUUUCAAUGUGACGUCUGUAACUGUAGGCAGCAGCGCUCCUUUAGAUCCUACGACUUGGGUGCCCGUGGGCCUUUGGCCGCAGGAGUAUGACCCCUCAAAACCGAACGACUACGCUGCGAUUCACAAGGAGAAAAUGAGACAGCAGCAGAGAGAAGAGCUAGAAAGGCUGCGCCAGCAGGAGCUGGAAAAGCAGAAACAAGAGGAGGAGGCUUCUCGAAACGGUACGGACAUAGCAGUAGCCAUUGUGCAGUUUCCACUUGCUGCGCAUGCACGGAGUAUUAAGGCAAGGCGGCCAGCCGCGGUUUUCCUACCUGAUUUGGCGGGCGGCCCUGAGCCUCAGGCGCCUUUGCUGCCAUCAUAUAUUGACCCAAAUAAAAAGACAUUUGCAGCGCGUAUGAUGGAGAAGAUGGGGUGGAAACAGGGAGAGGGAUUGGGUGCCAAUAAACAGGGAAUAACGGCUCCUCUUGUGGCAAGGAAAACGGCUAUGAGGAGCGGUAUUAUCGUGCAGGGUCACGACGUAACGUCGCUCGGUCAAGUGCCUCGGGCGGUGACGUUCAAUAUGGCGCCGACGCGCAUUUUGUUGCUGCUGAACAUGGUGGGUAGGGGUCAGGUGGACGCAGAUCUGAAGGAAGAGACAGAGGAGGAAGCAGCGAAAUUGGGAAACCUGCUCCAAGUUCGCAUAUUUGAGGCUGCAGGGGUGCCAGAUGACUGCGCGGUUCGGAUCUUCUGUGAAUACGAGAGAAAAGAAGAGGCAACGCGAGCCCUGCUCACGUUUAAUGGGCGUGCAUUUGGUGGACGCACUGUUAAAGCAAAAUUCUACAGCGAAGAACGGUUUGCUAGAGACGACUUACGCCCAGACCCGGAGCAGGAAGUGGACCAACACGUUACUGUGACCAUCUGA